AUGUCAGCUGUCAAUGACACCAAAUUCAACUGUGCAGUGUUCCAUCUCACAGGGACUGGGGAGGAAGAUAUCCAUCUGUGGAUAUCUAUCGCCUUCUGCUUAAUGUAUGUUAUUUCCAUAGUAGGAAAUUCACUCAUUCUGUUCAUUAUAAAAACAGAUCCAAGCCUCCAUGAGCCCAUGUACAUUUUCCUUUCCAUGUUGGCCGUCACAGACCUUGGCAUAUCGAUAACUACCAUGCCGACAACACUGGAUAUAUUCUUAUUUAACUCUAUGGAGAUCAGCCUCAAUGCCUGUUUUGCCCAGCUGUUCUUCAUCCACUCACUUCAAUGCAUUGAAUCCUCCAUGCUCUUGUUGAUGGCCUUUCACCGCUUUGUUGCAAUCCGUGACCCGCUGAGAUAUGUCUCCAUCUUAACCCUGCUGAGAACAGCCAAGAUGGGACUGGUGUUUGUGCUAAGAGGGGUGGCCAUAACCCCACUCCCCUUUCUCCUGAAACAGUUCCAAUACUGUCGAGCCAAUGUCUUCUCCCAUUCCUACUGCCUGCACCAGGACGUCAUGGAGAUGGCUUGUUCGGGUAUCUCAAUCAACAGCAUCUAUGGCUUGUUUACUACACUCUUAAUGGUGAGGUUAGACUCGCUGCUCAUAUGCCUCUCUUAUGUGAUGAUCCUCAAAACAGUGCUGAGCAUCGCAUCCACCGUGGAGUGCCUCAGGGCCCUUAACACCUGUGUCUCCCACCUCUGCGCUGUUCUGCUCUUCUACAUGCCAAUGCUCGGCUUGUCUGUGUUAUACAGAUUUGGAAAGGGCUCUCCUCCCUUGAUUCAGAUUCUCCUGGGCUACAUCUACCUGCUGGUUCCACCCCUGAUGAACCCAGUUGUGUACAGCGUGAAAAGCAAACACCUCUGUGCGAGGAUAAUCAGUGUGUUCGUGAAGUGA